AUGAAUAUUAAAGUAUUAAUUCGAUGGUUGUAUGAAAAAAUAUUGACUUAUAAUCUUUUCAUACCCGAAGACAAUGAAGAAGUAAAUCAUACACCAGUAACUAUUCAACAUCAAAGAUAUGCAACUAGACUCUAUAUUCUUCUUCUCAUAUUGUCUGUGUACGUUAUCUUCUUCACAGUUUUUGUUGAUCCACAAACUGAAACGGUAACAAUUUCGGAUAUUACUCCAUCUUUAUUCGAUCAACUUCGACAUGAUCAUGGUGAAACACUUUCAUGUCCAUGUUCAACAACAAUAAUAUCCUAUGAAAACUUCGUUCUCAAUACUUUAUCAACAGAUCCUAUUUGUUCAAGUAUUUUUGUUAGUAAACAAUGGAUACAAUCACUCUAUAUACCAUUUGCCAGUUCUUUUCUUGUCAUGGACUUUCGAACAACAGCUUAUUCUCAAUUUGAAUUACUUGCUGCAUUUUGUUCAUUUUCUCAAGAAUUUGUUUCUCAAGUUCUUACUGAUAUUGAUCAACAACAGUUGCUUACCAUUGAACUUCUUGUAGAAGAUGAAGUUCGAUCUCAAGUAAUUGAAAAUAUAAAACUUAUUCGGGCGAGUACAUAUGUACAAAUAAGUUCAUCUUUAAAUUUCAUGCAAAUAAUAACGCAAUCCAGUUCAUUGAUCUCUGCUUUGAAUACAAAUGCACAUUUAUCAAUAACUGAGGAGGAUAAUGAAACAUUUUAUUUAGCUAUAAGCCCUACAAUUUACUAUCGCAAGAAUAUGCCCUUGUUUGUUUUUGAUACAGACAUAUACAGUUGCAACUUAGUGAACUCACUUGUACCUAGUGGUUUCUAUUCAAUACCAUAUGGCUUUGGUGAUCUUUUUGAUGACUACUGGCCUGAUAUUCCCUUUUCUCAAACUUCUCCUAACAUUUCUGGUGUUGUUGAUGGAUUUUUAAGUGGUUGUACUCCAUUUGAUGGUCUUCUUGCCAGUACACUCGAUUGUUUAUACAGUGAUCAAUGUCUCGAACAACUAGUAGAUUAUUUUCCAAAUCUGAACGAAGUAUGUAUAUCAUAA